GGGAUGGGUUGCGUGUGGAAGUGUGGAUGUGGGGUUUGGAGCGAUGUUGAGUGGUGGGAUGGAGAGCUUGCGAGAUCCGUGAAUGGCGUAGCGCGCGAGGACGCGUGGUGAUGUGUGGAUCAGCUGGGGUGUGAGCGUGUGCGAUGGGGGUGGCAUAGGUUGGAGGCUGCGAUUUUCUUACGGGACGUUGUGUUGGUGUUGGUGUUGUUGUUGUGUGGCGGAGCAGAUUGGAGUAGAGAGGCGGAGACAAUGGUGCGUGGUGGAAGCAGCGGAGGAGGGCAGAGCUCCCUCGGGUACCUGUUCGGAUCCGAUGCCGGCCCUCCCAAGGCCGUAGCGAAGGCGCCCGCCCCGGAGCCCCAGGCUCCAGUGGAGCAGCGACCGGCCGGGUUGGCGAGGAGCAAUGUCCCAGAGGAGAAGGCCGCGCCCGUGGGUAAAGCGGACGACGCGGGUGACAAGGGCGCUCCCAAGCUGGGCCGGAACUCGAACAACUACCACCGCGCCGACGGGCAGAAUACCGGCAACUUCAUCACUGACCGACCUUCGACCAAGGUUCAUGCUGCUCCCGGUGGAGGGUCAUCUUUGGGUUACCUGUUCGGCGGCAAUUGAGUCCAGGUCGCGCAGUUUGAUGCUGACAUCACCGAUAUUCUAGACCGUGCCUGCACGAUCUGAUGAAGUUCAUCUUGCAGAUGACCAUCACCGCCAGCUCGCAUGGUGUUGUUAGGCUAGAAUUUGCUUGGAUUAACUUGUGCACAGUGUCAGCAUUGUGACAGCGGGGAUGUGGGAGCGUUUGUGUGGAACGCUUUUCAGUUCUCUGGUCAAAAUAAGGCUGGCGUUUGUGUCUUUGUAGCAGAGGAUAGGUUCACGUCAAGAACUUCUGAGCCCUCUCCCCUGCCCCUCGGCUGCAGAGAUAUUGGGAGCUCUUACGAGCUUCCGUUUUGAUUGAUGGUCUGUUCACGCAUUAGUAGUUGGGGUUUCAACCAUUGUCGACAGCUAGUUCAGCAGUAAAAGCUGAUUGUUAUCGUAUGAAUUGCGAGUCUGUGAAGCGGUUCUAGCAGUUCUGCUCUCCCUCAGGAGCAAGGUCAUCGUGUGCUCCAUUGCAUCGAGCAGGCUUGAUGAUUCUUCUGUGUACUCGGUGGUUCCGUUACGAUUCUUCUCCAGGAGAAGCGUAGCAGGACUUUGCCCAUUUUAUUCUCACGGCUAUGACCGCAUUUACAUAC